GUGCCUCUGCAGUGCUUAUAACCGUGCCGCCCGUGACAUACAUCAUCUGAAUGCACGGAGGCAACCUGAAGUGUAACUUCAACUUAACUCGUGCUGUGCGGUGCAUUUGGGGACACUCAGCGUCCAAUGGCUGAGCGGUAGUGACGAUGCUUGCCGAGCGCUGCCGGUCGACACGCCUCCAGCAUGGAUACAACCAGCAGGAACAGGCGCUCAGGAGACACGCUCACUAUGCUGGAGAGUGUUUGUAGCCGCGAUGGGAGUUAACACAUCCAAGUUUCUGGAGGUCCUGGUUCCAGCGCCAUUGCACUAAACAAAGAUACUGGGUUUCUUAUUCUUUCUUUUUUUCCCCCCCUCUCUCUCUCUUUCUGAGGGGGCUUGUCUGCAAUUUUUUUGAGGCGUUUCUCUCACAAGAUGUUGAUGAUACUGGAAAGCCGGGUAAGAUCGUAAAGUCAGUUCUCUCUGAUGAGAACGACCUCCUCCUCCUCCUCACCACCACCACACAAAGGGAACCACGGAGCAAGUACUACUUUUUUUUUUCUUUCCACGCGCCAUCAUUUUAUUUUUCUGAAUGUCAUUAAGAAGCAGAGGGGGCUGUUUCAAAGACAAAAUGGAUCACUUUGCAGCAGAGUGCCUUGUUUCAAUGUCCAGUCGUGCAAUUGUUCACGCUCCUAAAGGGAAUAGGGAGAUUAAACCAGAAAUCCCGUCCUCCCCCAAGAACGGAGAGGAAAUCAAAGAGCCAUUGGUGAAAGAUAACUCCUCUCUUUUUGUGGUGGCUCGGAUUCUGGCGGAUUUUAACCAGCAGACUCCCAACAAUGUUGCCGAGCAGGCAAAAAUAAAGGAUGAGAGCAUACCGAACCUCAUAGAUGAUGGAAACUCUGCCACACCUACCACCAUCUCCGAUCCUUCGCUCAAACAAAGAGGCAAGAGAUCGCGAGGUCGAACUGAGCAAGAACCACCUCAGAAAAAGCACAAAUGCCACUAUUCAGGUUGUGAAAAAGUUUAUGGCAAAUCAUCCCACCUCAAAGCCCACCUAAGGACACAUACAGGAGAACGACCUUUCCCAUGUACCUGGCCCGACUGCAGUAAGAAAUUCGCCCGCUCUGAUGAGCUGGCCCGCCAUUACCGCACCCACACGGGGGAGAAGAAGUUCGGGUGCCCACUUUGUGACAAGCGUUUCAUGCGCAGCGACCACCUGAUGAAGCACGCCCGGCGCCACUCAGAUUUCCAGCCUGGCAUGCUGAAGAGGCCCCACAGCAGCGGCGGUGGCGGCGGUGGAAACACUCGUCCCAGCUCCCUUAGCGACUACAGCCGCUCGGACGCCUCCAGCCCCACCCUCAGCCCCGCCCUCAGCCCCGCCAACUCGCCUUAAACUGAAACCCCAUUGCACUUUCUGCCUCUGACCUGGGAGGCUUGUGUUUUUUGUCACAACACUUGUGUUGCACAGUUGUCAGCACCCCCCCACCCCCACCCCUUGCUAUUCCUGUGCUUGCUGUGGUGUACCAUACUGUACAUAACUGCUUAUUCUAGUGCAAUUACUUGUGUGAUCCGAAAAGAAGGUAAUGCCUUUCCCAGAUGGCAAUAUUUACAUUCUGUACCAUAUGUCUGUAUUUUUUUAGCUUCUGACCAUGGCUAGUUGUCCAAUGUAUGUUUGCAGUCAGCUAAACAAGGUUUAGAAAAGAAAAACAGACGCCCUGACAAGUCUUAUCAAAAUGGCUCUUUUUUUUGUUCUGUUUUUCUUUGUUUAUAUUAUUAUUAUUUUUUUCUGAACGGGUGAGGAGAGGGGGUAGCCUACACACACACAUACACCUCAGGAUUGAAGACAGUUGCUAUUUCUGUAAUACCACAGUACUUAACAGUACUCACAUUGACUGCACAAUAUACUCAUCACUUUAUUCUGAAAUUCAACGGGGGUUGAAUUUUACGCCCUGCUCAGGGAUGGCCUUGUUAGCUUGAAAGAAUGAACACGGUGAAGAGAAACAUACAGUUCAUAUAUAGCAGCCUUACACUCAACACAAUUUGCACUCUUUGUUUUUUCGUUGGUUUUUCACUUUCGAGGAAACUAGCCCUACAGUCAUACAGUCAGUCGUACUGGUCUCCAGCGUGUUCUGGUGGUUCAUAUGUAAUGGAAAUUAUAUGUGUUAAGAAAGAAGUCGCCACCUCAGUAAACAAAGUACAUCUGUUCCUCCACUGCAACGUUGAUAUUCGGCUGCCCUUACGCUGGGUGAAAUAUGCGUCUCAUUAAACAGUGGCGUGCGGUAUACACUUUGUAAAUCGGCAUUUUGGGAGGAUCGAGGUUGUAUUGGAUUGACAGUUUUUAUAAAUAUACUCAGCUGAAGAAACUUUAAACCCUUUAAAUAGAGACAGUUAAGUUUCAAAGCAGCUGUUUACUUAAAAAAGAAAGUGCUGUAUCAUCAGCCGCUAUUUCACACAAAAUGGACACAAAGGGACUUUAGUUGAAACAAUGUUUAUCCCUCUCUCAAGCACAUAGGAAAACGUACCAAAGACAAGAGUGAAUGAAAGCUUUCUAUUCAGUCUUGUAAGCCACCCUUCAUUGAGCCCUGGGGCUGGUGCUUGGCAGUAUCACAGGUAGAGCCAGACAGCCCACUCACUUCCCUCCUCCUGGCUUUGCCUUUUGUGGCCUCCCUGGAGGAAACAGCUGCAUCCCACAAGAAGCUAUUCACAGCCCGCAGGAGGAGUGCUAACACGCCAUUCCCAGGGAGUCCUCUCUCACCCAUCUGGCUCUACCUGUCCUGUCAGAGUGUCGAAGCUCUGAGCCUCCCAAAUUGCAUAAGGUUGUUUUACUUUGGAGGUCAAAUGUAGGCCAGAGAGUCUUGGGCAGAGCCUGGUGCUGGGCUGGUGGUGCAUGCAGCGAACAAAGCAGCUAUCUGCAAUAGACAGGCAAGAGAGGGCAGAUCCUGAUAAAAGAGGAGAGGUUUAUCAUGAGCUGAGCAGCACACAGGGAGGAGACAUCCCCACCUCUUCCUUCCCCAACACCCCCUUCCUCCCUCCAACUGUAGAAAUUGUGAGCAGAAAAACAUCUGUAAUUAGGAGGUCAAUCCGGCCUCUAUAAGAGUGGAAUGAGUAUGAACAACAUUACUACCUAGACGAUGCUAGCAGUGUAGGUGGGAUGUACCCAAGUCCAUCCUAAGCACAGGCAGAAACCCUCUAUUACUGCUGGAGAGUCAAAUUUCACAAUGCGACAGAAAAAUGCCGCUCCAUAUUCACAUUGAUGAACCAGAGGUCUCAAACAGCUGCUUUCAAACUUCUCUCUCACAAACAAGGGGGCUUUAAAACUGUUGUAAAAACAUUUGAGCCAAAAUGAACAUAUCAGCCAAGUGCAGUGCUCACCAGCCUCACGUCGUCCUGCCUGUGAAGCUCAGAUGUCCCGUGAGAAAGCUGACUUGUGUUUCUAGACAGACAUGCCUCAAUAAGUCAGGCAAAAGGCAUAGUAAACCUUCCAUGGAAACGGGCACCACUAUCCAAACUGCUGCAGCCCCGCCAGUCUGUGUUAUGCCUACAUUUUCUUUGAAUGCUUCGGCCGGAAAUAGUCUCGUCCAUGUAUUUGGUCCUGUCAGACCCCCACCAGUUGUCAUCAUGAGUUGCAUGUGCUAGCUUCGUCCCACCGACCCACUCUUGCCCUGUGGUCCUACGCUUCACACUAUAUGCAUGUUAACAACUUUGCCUUGGAAGCAUUGUGGGUUUUUUGAGGCGGUCUGGCAGGUGUAAGUUCAUGAAUGGCAGGCUUUGUCCCUUUUUCUCCACAGUAGCCAUCUCUCUUUAAAGUUGUGAAGAAUCAGCUCUGUCACAUCCUCCAGAGAGAAAACAUCCCUUAUUUAGAUCGAAUGCAGUAGUUUCCUCAGAACACCACAUGUUAAAAACAAAUAACCCUCUGUAAGAUGUUAAAAUAGUUUCCAGGCUGCAAGAUGACACUUUGAAUGCCACUGAUCAGCAGCUCUUAGUGAAAGAGGCACUGAGAGGGUUUUACAUUCACCACUUCUGGAAAAAAAAAAAGGAAGACAACAUGGAUUUUUGUAAAUUCAAAUUGCUGUUGAUCAGCUUUUUGUGGUUUCUAUCCAUAACUUUUUUUUUAUUGUCAAUUUUUGACUUGCUUUGUAGGGUAACUUUCUCUUCAAAAACAAAAAUCCGAAUAGCUCACCCUCAAGCGUGUUUAAUUAAUCACUUCUUAAUCCAUAAUCUGCACAUUUACCUCAGGGUCGACAUCCGCAAAACAGACAUGGGACAGUUUGUGGAUUUUGUUCUACCAUCAGUUUCUGCACAGAAAUGUCUGCCCCCACCCCCACCCCCGCCUCCCGGUGUUCCUUGGUGCUGAGUGCUCACUGCUGGUCAGUGUCCGACCACACUGGAAACACAGGAACGCCUCCGUACGGGCUCAGCACCUGCCUUUAAUGUCUUCAUAACAUCCUGCUAUACGCCUUAGUAAGCCCAGGGCACUCUGGAGCUGUUUUCAGUGAAACGCCCCUUUAAACACCUGUAACCCUUAGUGUCAGUGGACUUACAGUAGGCGACAGGAAAGCUCCUACCAUCUGAUAAUAAACCGACUGUGACAGUGUAAACGACCCGGUCUAUCCAUCCAUCCAGACUGCGCCGGUGACGUAUAGACCUCCACAGGCAGAGUGUCUCAUAACUUUUACUCUCACUGUACCAAAUCUACUUGAAUAAUUCAACACAAAAGGCCAUUGAACACAGUUUGUACUUGUCCAUUUUUACUGUACUUGCUUUUGUUGUCAAAUGAUUAUUAACCUCUCUGGAAAAAGGUGUACAGUAUGUUUGUUUUAUUGUUUCAUUUUAUUUUCUAGAUUUUCCAUUGUCUUCAGGUCAUUUCAACAACUCUUUACAAUUUGUCGGGCUGUAUAAAGGUACCAUACUUUGUUAAAAAACAAAAAACAAAAACAAAAACAAAACAAAGCAUAAUUUUAACCUAGUAAUGCGACUCACCCCUUUAAUCAGUUAAUACUCUGUUGAUGUCAGGAUGCAGGUUAUUCCAGUUAGCCUGCUAUCCAAAAAUUCCUCCAAGUCAUAAACUGAAAGGAUUGUUUGGGGUGACGAUAACAAAAGGAAACUUCCUGACCUCAAUGUACGACAGUUUAAGAUGGAGUGACAAUUUUUUUUUAUUGCUUUCUUUAUUGUUUAGAUAUUGUUUAAGUUUUCCAUAAGAAUAGAGACCACAGCAUUGUGAGUUAGCAAUGUAGUCAUAAUCUUUAUUCUUGCUUUUUGUCUCAUAUGAAAUAUUUAAGCUUGUAUGUUUUUUUAAAAAAAAUCAUACCUCUUUUUUUGACUUUUGUUGUACCUUCAUAUCUUUUCAAAACAUCCAUCAUGUAGCUUACGUUUGCUUGAUGAGGAGCACAAAUAAUCAGUGGUUUUAUUUGUCCCUACUUGAAAGAAAGAAAGAAAGAAGGAAAGAAAGAUGAACUUUUCUUAAAAAAAAAAAAAAAUACAAAAAACAAACACUGGGCUACAUUUUAUAUAAUCAUCCCAUGUUGUCAGGGUCCUGCACAUCCUUGUAUAUUCAAAAAGUAAUCUUUCCAGGAAAUAAUAAAACCUUAUUUUUAUUAUUUUAUGUUUCAAAAAUAUUUAAAAAUCCCUUUCCUUACUGAACUCCACAUAUUUGUCUUAUUUUCAAAGUGAGGGAUGAUGUCAGCUGUAAAUUACUAUGAAACUCCAUGUCAGCAUUUUUUAAUCCAACUUUUUAUGAUUGUAAUCCCAGUGCAGAUUUCAACAUCUGUUAGAGAAAACGGACUCUAAACAAAGACACAAUGGAAAUGCUAGGUUUCUACAAGAUGCUAACAAGAUGUACCAGUUAAUAUCUUUUUUCUGCUAAUUGUAAAAUAUAUAUAUAUAAAUAUAUAUAUAUAUAUAUAUUAAAGUGAACUGAUUGUUGCCUAGUAUGUAAAGAACUAACAAUCUUAUUUAAAAAGUUCAUAUUAAUUACAUGAAUAUGUCACUGAUCAGACCGUCUCAUCUGAAAUCUUCAUGACUGAUCUCAACAUACAAACAUGACAGAUGCAAUUGUGUGCCAAAACUAUAAUGGUAACUUCAUAAAGAUGAUACAAAUGUUAUGGGUUAAAAAACAAAAAAAGCUUCUAUCAAACAUUUAACAAACUUGUACAGUUUUUUUUAAAAGUGUGACAUGUUUUUAUGUAAUGUAUAGUAAUAUUUCUUUUUCUGCUUUAUGUAAAACAUUUUGAUUGUGUAGCUUUGUUUUGAUUUGGGUUUUUAUUUAAUAUUUUCUUCUUUAUGUUUUUUGUUUCUUUUUUUUUUUUUUUUUUGCUGUACAAUACUCGAGCAAUGUAUAAUGGCUUAUUACAGGUAUUUUUGACAUAAACAAUCUUAAUGAUAAUGAACACCCAACCAUUCCAAAGGAUUGAAAAUUGCAUUUGCUAUAAAUGUGCUGCUUACAUUGACCCGAUGCAUUUUUGUAGGUUAUGAAUAGAAGUCUGUCUUCACUGUGAGGUUUUAGACGUUGUGAGUUGUGCCCAAGGUACGUUUUCUAACUGUCAACAUUUCCCAGGUUAAAUCUCUCCUUUCUUCUCUUCAGGCUCUUUGCGAAGGCUAAGUCAAUUAGAGUGAACAACAUACAUGCAAUAUUUAUAAGUAUUAUAAUUUAAAAGUCAAGGACAUAAGGAGCAUGUCUUCCCUGGUGACAAAAGUCUUUUAACGUCUAAGAGGCAGCCAUGAUAGGAGAGAGUGGUUCUCGAGCAGUGAGAGGGAGCUCAUCAGAGGCUCCACACUUACAAGUUGUUACCAAAGGCUUUGAAGGGAAAGGUGAAUGUUGCAUUAACCUUGAACCCAACCCAGUUUGGAUCCUGGGUUCAACUUUAUAUGCUGUUAAGUGCUGAUCAGUGGAUGUUGUGCUUAAUAAGGACCUUUUUCUACAUUUCAAAUAAGCAACUUUAUAAUGUUAUCAUUAUUACUAUUAUUUUUCCUUUCUUUUUUUAAAACUUCACUUGAAUGAACAAAAACUUGUUAAUCGUCUUAGCAAACACGUUCUGAAUGAGUAGAAAAGCAGAAUAGCUGACCAUAUCUGUCUGUACCCUUCACAUGUGGUCUUGCUUGGAUGCCUGAGCUGACAGGUUGUGCCGUUUGCUCUUUGCUGUAGAAAUGCGGGGGGAAAAAAAGGUGACAAAAAGUGUUUUGCUUAAGCUUUGGAUAUUUUUGCCCUUAAAGAAUUUGUGUCAGGUUAUGCAGUGGACAGUGCUGUCAAUGACCUCCCUUUGAUUACAAGGAGAGCCUCUCACCAAACCUUUUGUUUCUGUUUCCUGUAUCUGUUUGUCCUCAGUGUACCUCCUCAGUGUAAUGUCGCUCUCUUAAUACCUCUGUGAGUUUCUCCUCUGCCCAUCACCAUCAGUUGCCUGUUGUAGUGACUCCAUGGUGCUGUUUCCCCUCUUGGCACCAGUAUAAUCUAAUCUGUAAAUAACUCUCGACUCAGCUAUGGCCAGUACAUUCUACUAUGACCUCACUCUAACUUUCAGGUGUCAUUUUAUUUUAUUUUACUUUAUUUUAUCUCUCAGCAAACCAAAAUCACUACAUUCAAGUAUUACAGUUGUACAGUUCCUGGGAUUCUACACACAUUUAAUGUGCUGGUCGUAGCUGCUCUGCUGUACCUUUUUAUGGCAUUAUUUUUUACAUGUUAGACAAUAUAUUGUGACCAUGUCCUAUGCAAAUAUGAAAAAUAACAGAUUGUUGACUAAUGUAUGUUGUCAUAACUUGUAUGCAUGAAAUAGUGAAGUUUACAUUUGGAAAUAAAUUCAUAAAAUAAGCAGCUA